UGCGUGUGGGUCACGUGGUGCUCUCCCUUUCCGGCCCAGCAGGCUGCCUGGCUGGGCGUAGGGAGCCACCCGCUGCCGCCCUGUGAGGAGAAGCUGCUGCCCCCGCCGCCAUCAUGCCGGUGUAUUUCCAGCGGCCCGAGAAUGCCCUGAAGCGGGCGAACGAAUUUCUUGAGGUUGGCAAGAAACAACCUGCCCUUGAUGUUCUUUAUGAUGUUAUGAAAAGCAAAAAACAUCGAACAUGGCAAAAAAUCCACGAGCCGAUUAUGCUGAAGUAUCUGGAGCUCUGCGUGGACCUCCGCAAGAGCCACCUGGCAAAGGAAGGAUUGUAUCAGUACAAGAAUAUUUGCCAGCAGGUGAACAUCAAAUCCUUGGAGGAUGUUGUUCGAGCCUAUUUGAAACUAGCUGAAGAAAAAACGGAAGCUGCCAAGGAAGAGUCCCAGCAGAUGGUGCUAGAUAUAGAAGACUUGGAUAAUAUUCAAACUCCAGAGAGUGUUCUCUUAAGUGCUGUAAGUGGGGAAGACACUCAAGAUCGUACAGAUCGGUUGCUUUUGACUCCCUGGGUUAAAUUUCUAUGGGAAUCAUACAGACAGUGUUUGGACCUUCUUCGAAACAAUUCUAGAGUGGAACGCCUCUACCAUGAUAUUGCACAGCAAGCUUUUAAGUUCUGCUUGCAGUACACUCGUAAGGCUGAGUUCCGUAAACUCUGCGAUAACCUGAGGAUGCAUUUAGGGCAGAUCCAACGCCACCAUAACCAAAGUACAGCAAUUAACCUCAGUAAUCCUGAGAGCCAGUCUAUGCACUUGGAGACAAGGCUUGUACAGCUGGACAGUGCUAUUAGCAUGGAAUUGUGGCAGGAAGCUUUCAAAGCAGUGGAGGAUAUUCAUGGGCUAUUCUCCUUGUCUAAGAAACCACCCAAGCCCCAGCUGAUGGCAAAUUACUAUCACAAAGUUUCCACUGUCUUCUGGAAAUCAGGAAAUGCUCUUUUCCAUGCAUCCACACUUCACCGACUGUAUCACCUGUCAAGAGAAAUGCGAAAGAAUCUCACACAAGAGGAGAUGCAGAGGAUGUCAACCCGAGUCCUUUUGGCUACUUUGUCAAUUCCUAUAACUCCUGAGCGAACUGAUAUUGCUCGUCUUCUGGAUAUGGAUGGUAUCAUCGUUGAAAAGCAGCGACGUCUGGCCACGCUGCUGGGCCUCCAGGCCCCACCUACACGCAUCAGUCUUAUUAAUGACAUGGUGAGGUUCAAUGUAGUGCAGCAUGUUGUUCCGGAGGUGAAGGAACUUUACAAUUGGCUUGAAGUAGAUUUCCACCCACUAAAGCUAUGUGAUCGUGUAACCAAGGUUCUAAACUGGGUGAGAGAUCAAGUUGAAAAGGAACCUGAAUUGCAGCUGUAUGUCCCACAUCUGCAAAACAACACCAUCCUUCGUCUUCUGCAGCAGGUGGCGCAGAUUUAUCAGACCAUCGACUUUUCUCGUUUAACUACCUUGGUUCCUUUUGUUGAUGCUUUCCAAUUAGAACGUGCUAUUGUCGAUGCAGCCAGACAUUGUGACUUGCAAGUUCGCCUUGAUCAUACGUCUCGAACGCUGAGUUUUGGAUCAGAUUUAAAUUAUUCAACUCGGGAAGAUGCCCCGCUUGGCCCUCAGCUGCAAAGUAUGCCUUCUGAGCAAAUUAGAAAUCAGCUGACUGCUAUGUCCUCUGCUCUCGCUAAGGCUCUUGAAGUCAUUAAACCGCCAAACAUAGUGCAAGAGAAGGAAGAACAACAUCAGUUAGCUGUCACUGCUUACUUAAAAAAUUCAAGGAAAGAGCAUCAGCGUAUCCUUGCUCGUCGUCAAACUAUAGAGGAGAGAAAGGAGCGUCUUGAAAGUCUAAACAUUCAGCGUGAGAAAGAAGAGUUGGAACAGCGUGAAGCUGAACUUCAAAAAGUUCGUAAAGCUGAAGAAGAGAGACUGCGCCAGGAGGCAAAAGAGAGAGAGAAGGAGCGUAUUCUGCAAGAACAUGAGCAAAUCAAAAAGAAAACUGUUCGUGAACGCUUGGAGCAGAUUAAGAAGACUGAACUGGGAGCCAAGGCAUUCAAAGAUAUUGAUAUUGAGGAUCUUGAAGAAUUGGACCCUGACUUCAUCAUGGCUAAACUUGAACAGCUGGAGAAAGAAAAGAAGGAACUCCAAGAACGUCUGAAGAAUCAGGAAAAGAAGAUUGACUAUUUUGAAAGAGCAAAGCGCUUGGAAGAAAUUCCUCUGAUAAAGACUGCCUAUGAAGAACAAAGAAUCCGAGAUAUGGACCUGUGGGAACAGCAAGAAGAAGAAAGGAUCACCACAAUGCAGCUGGAACGCGAAAAAGCCUUGGAGCAUAAGAACAGGAUGUCAAGGAUGUUGGAGGAUAAAGACUUAUUUGUAUCUAGGCUCAAGGCAGCACGACAAUCCAUUUAUCAGGAAAAACUCAAACAGUUUGAAGAAAGGUUAGCAGAAGAAAGACAUAAUCGUUUGGAGGAACGUAAGAGACAACGCAAAGAGGAGAGGCGUGUUUCUUAUUACAGAGAAAAGGAGGAGGAAGAGCAGAGAUUGCAAGAAGAAAAAAUGCUUAAAGAGCUCGAAGAGAAGGAACGUGUUGAGCGUGAAAAACGUGAGCAGGAACAGCGUGAAUACCAGGAGCGUGUCAGAAAACUAGAAGAAGUAGAGAGGAAAAAACGUCAAAGAGAGCAGGAAAUUGAAGAGAGGGAGCGUCGCAGAGAAGAGGAGAGGAGGGGUCUUGAUGACCCACUUUCAAGAAGGGAAUCUCGUUGGGGUGAUAGAGAUGCUGACAACACCUGGAGACGAACAGCUGAGCCAGAAUCUGAAUGGAGACGAGCACCACCAGAGAGGGAAUGGCGCCGUGGAGAAGGGCGUGAUGAUGAAAGACCUUUCCGAAGAGGAGAUGAUCUACUUAGACGUGGUGGUGCUGAAGAGAAAGAGCCUUCUUCCCGGGAAGCAAAUGAAGACCGAGCCCCCAAGCAGGAUGUGGAAGAGGACGGGGAACCCAGGCGGGGCAUGGACGAGGAUGGGGAACCCAGGCGGGACGAGGAUAGGGAACCCAGGCGGGAUGAGGAUGGGGAACCCAAGCGGGAUGAGGACGUGGAACCCAGGCGGGGCAUGGACGAGGAUGGGGGACCUAGGCGGGGCGUAGAUCAGGACAGAGGGAGUUGGCGCACUGCAGAUGACGACAGGGGGCCCAGGCGUGGCCUGGAUGACGACAGGGGGCCCAGGCGUGGCCUGGAUGACGACAGGGGGCCCAGGCGUGGCCUGGAUGACGACAGGGGGCCCAGGCGUGGCCUGGAUGACGACAGGGGGAAUUGGCGCACUGCAGAUGAGGAUAGGGGUCCCAGGCGCGGGCUGGAUGAGGAUAGGGGUCCCAGGCGCGGGCUGGAUGAGGAUAGGGGGCCCAGGCGUGGCCUGGAUGACGACAGGGGGCCCAGGCGUGGCCUGGAUGACGACAGGGGGCCCAGGCGUGGCCUGGAUGACAACAGGGGACCCAGGCGUGGCUUGGAUGACGACAGGGGACCCAGGCGGGGUCUGGAUGACGACAGGGGACCCAGGCGGGGUCUGGAUGAUGACAGGGGGAGUUGGCGCACUGCAGAUGAUGACAGGGGACCUAGGCGUGGUCUGGAUGACGACAGGGGACCUAGGCGGGGUCUGGAUGAUGACAGAAUUUCCAGACGAGAUGAAGACAGAGGCCCCUGGCGUAGUGCAGAUGAGGAUCGACUCUCAAGACGUGAUGAAGACAGAGGUCCAUGGCGUGGUGGGGAUGAUGACAGAGGGCCCAGGCGUGGUGAUGAUUCAAGACCUGGUCCUUGGAGACCAUUUGGUAAACCAGGUGGAUGGAGAGAACGAGAGAAAGCUCGUGAAGACAGCUGGGGACCCCCGCGAGACUCCAGACCUUCGGAAGACCGCGAGUUGGAUAGAGAUAAAGAUAUUGAUGAAAACGAAAAGGAUCGCGAGUUUGACAAAGAUCGUGACCUUGAUCGGGAUGAUCGCUUCAGACGUCCAAGGGAUGAGGCUGGCUGGAGAAGAGGACCAGCUGAGGAAGUUUCCAGCUGGAGAGAUUCAGGUCGUCGAGACGAAUGGGAUAGAGGUGGUCGUGACAUGAGAGAUGACCGGGGUGGUCGUGACCUGAGAGAUCGGCGUGCUGAUGAUAGAGAUAGAAGAGGACCUCCAAUCAGAACAGACCGUGAAGAAACGAGUUCAUGGCGGCGUGGUGACGACAGAAAAGAAGAACGUGGGGAAGAGCGUGAAACUAUCCGGCGAGCUGCUCCGGCUCCGGCUCUGGCUCCAGCUCCGGCUCCUACUCCUGUUCCUGCUGCUGCUCCCGCUGCUCCUCCUAUUUCAAAAGAUAGGGAGAGGGAUGCAGAGAGCGAGAAGGGGUCCUGGAGAACAGAAAAAGAACGAGAAUCUCUUCGUCGCACUAAAAAUGAAACAGAUGAAGAUGGAUGGACCACUGUACGACGUUAAUUCAAAAACUAAACACAGUUUAAACAGGUGUUUUAGGGUUGAUUUGAGCAAAUCCACAGAUUAUUAUAUUUGUGCUUUAUAAACAUUCGGAAUUGGUAUUCUUUGACAAAUGUUUUGAGAUAACAUAAAAGCAUGAGCCUGUAUUACUUACUCAUAUAUAGAUUGAUCAUGCACAAAACUAGCAGCAGAAGGUUGGAAAUUGAAUGCCAGUUUCUGAAGUGACAAAUGUUGCAUAUUUCACAGAUCACUUGUUGCUAAAAUAAAAAUGUGAACUCUGUAGCUAUCUUGAGCAACACUUAUAUCUCAAACUAAAACAAAUGGAUCUUUUUUUAAAAUAUAUAAUUCUUAAUUUGGAAUGGGGUAUGAUUUAUAUCACCGAACAUGCAGUUGAAAACACAUCUCACAUAAAAUGGUCACAUUAUUGAAAAGAUGGAGCUGGAUUAAUUUCCAUAAUUGGCCAAGAUCAACUAUAAAAACCCUUCCCCUACUGAGGUAUUUUUGAGGGCAAGAGGUUUUUGUGAGGUAUUUUAUCAUCUGAAUUCAGUAAGUUGUUUAAAUUUAAAUAAAUUACAAUAAACAUUCUGAACAUUAGCUACACUGGGAUAUUUUCUAUGAUUUUACUUGAAUGCAUAUGAAACCAUUUUGCAGUCGUUCUAAGAAGGAAUAUUGCUGCAGUGUGAAACAACAAAACAUCAUUAGACUUUAGAACUCAAGCGUUAUGGUCCACAUACUGCUGAGUAUUUUGUUUUGCCAAUAGCAUAACUGCUUAUUCCAUUACUGGAUAAUUCAUGCCUUUCAAGCAUUUAUAAAUAUUGUCAUAUUUAAAAUGUGUGGUUUUGGAGGAAUUGUUCAGAUUUUUUUCCCCAACUUUGUCUUCAGGGUAAAUGCUUUCCUUUUCAACAAGUGCUUUGUAGUAAUGGCUGUGUUGACUGACUUCAAUUUUGGGGUGCAGUAACAAUGUUAAUCAUUAACUAUCUGGUCUUAUUGAAGCCAACACAGAAUUUGCUGCUGUGUUUCUCUUCAGUGAUAAAUAAACAACUUAUAGAAUUA